UCUCUCCGUGCGCGCGGCCGAGCUGUUGCGAGGGGCGAUCGGAUCGGUGCCGCGCGCAGGAAAGCGGAUGACCACCAAGGAGCUGUCACGUCACGGAUCCGCAGCGAGAUGCUGAGGUGACAAGCAGAAGAGGGAACGGCACGACCUUUCUCCCCGUCCCUCCACACACACAAUAUUUCCCCUCACACCGGUUCUGGGUUUGUUUUUUGGGAGGGGGGAGUGGGUUUCCUCCGAUCACGCCAACACCGCCUCCUCUCUGCCUGGACGGUCCGCGCGUCAUGGCAUUCCUCUCGAUGUCGUACGCACCGCUUCGAAACCUUGAGGAUAUUUUGUAACCACACCCGGCUCUUCUUUGGAUCAAGGAUUGCCGAGGUCUCUGCGUCAGCUUCCAAAUGCCCGGCCCAGUGUGAGGCUCCUGGUCAAAGGGCAGCAGCGAGGGCAGCGUCCCCGGAUCCGCAGACGGGAUGAGCGGGGGAGCGGAGCAAGCUGAUAUCCUGAGCGGCCUCUCCCUGGUCAAGGAGCGAUGGAAAGUGGCAAAGAAGAUAGGGGGUGGCGGUUUCGGGGAGAUCUACGAGGCGCAGGACCUGCUGACGCGGAGCAGCGUGGCGCUGAAGGUGGAAUCGGCCCAGCAGCCCAAACAAGUGCUAAAGAUGGAGGUCGCCGUCCUGAAGAAGCUCCAGGGUAAAGAUCACGUGUGUCGCUUUGUGGGAUGUGGCCGGAACGACCGCUUCAACUACGUGGUGAUGGAGCUUCAGGGUCGAAACCUGGCAGAUCUGAGGAGAAGCAUGCCUCGGGGAACGUUCAGCAUCAGCACCACCCUGCGUCUGGGGCGCCAGAUCCUGGAGGCCAUAGAGAGCAUCCACUCUGUUGGAUUUUUGCAUCGGGACAUCAAACCGUCCAACUUCGCCAUGGGCCGCUUCCCCAGUACCUGUCGGACUUGCUACAUGCUGGACUUUGGCUUGGCUCGACAAUUCACCAAUUCCUGUCAGGAGGUCCGCCCUCCUCGUCCAGUCGCAGGGUUCAGGGGAACAGUUCGCUAUGCCUCUGUCAAUGCGCACAAGAACAAGGAGAUGGGUCGUCAUGACGACCUGUGGUCUCUCUUCUACAUGCUGGUGGAGUUUUUGGUCGGGCAGUUGCCGUGGAGGAAGAUUAAAGACAAAGAACACGUGGGGAAACUGAAGGAGACUUACGACCAUCGCCUGAUGCUCAAACACCUGCCGGCAGAGUUUGGUGUAUUCUUGGAACACAUUUGCAGCCUUGACUAUUACACCAAGCCUGACUACCAGCUGUUGAUGUCGGUGUUUGACAACAGCAUGAAGACCUACAACGUUGUGGAAAAUGACCCUUACGACUGGGAGCGAACCAGCACUGAUGGCACUCUGACGAUCAGCGCCAGCGCCACAACACCGCAGCAUCACACCCGACUCACUCCCGCGCAGAUGGGCAUGGUGAACGCCUCUCUGAUCCCCGGCGACCUGCUGAGGGAGAACACAGACGAGGUUCUGCAGGACGAGCAGCUCAGCGACGUGGAGAACAACCCCGGCCCCGACCGCGUGCCGGGCUCCCCCCACCACCAGCAUCGCACCCAGGAGGCCGACGUCUGGGAAGAGCUGGACCGGAACCGGAACCGGAUCAGGACGGGACACUGGAAGGCUGCGGCAGAGGAGGAACAAGGCAAAAACCAGGCCAGACAAGGACACCAGAGCCCCUACGCAGGGCCGAGUCUGGGCUCUCCUGUCAAACCACACUCGGAGGCAGUGGCUUCCGAUCGGGAGGGCCCUCUGCUGAGAAAGCUCCGCAACAUCCACAGCUUGGAGCUGGAGAGGAGGCUGAGCCUGGAGUCAAAGUCCAGCCCAGAGCGUGUCCUGGAUAACUGUUCAGGGAAACAGCAGUUUGGUGCCCAGCACCAGGGCAAGGAGGCUGCUGUCGUCCCAGCAACUCAGGGUCAAGCCGGGUCCGCCGGGGAGCGCCCCGAUCGCGUCUGGCAUUACGAUGAGGAAUUCCUGUCCGGAGCUGGUUCUCCUAAACCGGCUUCACCAGGGUCUUUUGAGCAGGGAGAGGGGGCGGCCAGUAGUGGUGGCUUUGUGGCGCUUAAUCUGAGCUCUGGGAGGCAGGACAUUGACUCAAGGGAGUGGGUAAUGGUGGAGCGACCCAGUGGCUCCCCUGGAGCCAAAGCCACAACAAGCCCAUCGGAGGAGGAUGAGGAGGCAGAGGUGCUCCAACCAGAGGAAGCAUCUCCCGGAUGGGAAAAGAGAAGCCCAACCCCUAACUCUGGCAGAGCUAAGCAAGAAAGUGCGGCUUCCUCCAAAGGAAGCGUAAAAGUGGACAAGUUGGAGCUCAGUGUGGGCCCCGUGGGGGCUCUGCCUCCUAUUACCCCAACCAGCCCAGCUGAAGCUCUGGCUGAGGGAAUCCUGACUCAGUUCCCCACCUCUCCUCCGUCUCUACCCGAGGAGGUCUUGGCGCGGACGUCCAGCCCCAUCCCGCUGCGCUCUCCCAGCCCUCACACCCUCCUCACCACGCUGUCGGACCCGCUGCACCUGCGCCAGUCAGCGGGCUUGAGGCGCAGCCAGUCCGCCGACCAGCAGCCGCAGCAGGAACGCCCGUCCUCCUCCACCUCCUCCCUCCCUCUGCCAACAAACCCUUCCCCGGGCGCUCGCUCGCCCAGUCGCAGGAAACUGCCGGCCAUCCCCGCCGGUGCCGCCAACGCCAAGUUCCCCUCAGUCAUACGCAUCACCCGCGCCCAGCUUCAGCAGCUGACAGCUCAGCGUCCUUCAGGUCUGUCCUCGCAGUCGGGAUCAGACAGCGCUCCACAGUGCCUCCUGCUGGAGAGGCAUGGUGAUGCUGAAGGUGAGAUUCAGCAGAUCAACUCCCAGCAGGAAUAUGUGCCCACCCAUCCGGGAACGCCGACGGACCCGCUGGCUGAAGCGGUGGCAAAUGGGGAUGCUCACGCCAGAGCUCAAAGCCCCGUGCCAAGCCGCGCGUCUUCGCCUCGCUCCCCCCGCUCCCCCCGCUCCCCCCACUCGCCUCCUCAGUUCUCUCCUCGCAGACCCCUUUUUCCAAAUGGCUGCGUCUCUCCGCCUUGUAAUGCCCAAGCCGCCGGAGAGCUCUCGAAACACAAAGACCCCGACAAUGACGCCUCCCCGGCCCCAUGUGCAAUGGAGGCACAGACUAGGGAGGAAAACAGGGGCAACGUGACUCUUACCCCCUCCUGCUCCUCAUCCGCUGCCCCCCGCAAGGACCCCAGCCGCAGGCAAAGUCGCAUCCCCGUGCUUGAGCCCUCCAGCCUGCUCGAGCUCCCCCCUCCGGGGUCUGCCAAGGAGAAACUUUUGCAGAAAAAAGCCAGCCACCACGGCCCCGUCCCCUCUCCCACCGCCUCCCCGUCCCUCUCUGACCGCCGCGGAGCCGCUGUAGCCUCCCUCGUCAGGGACCCGCUGUCGUCCGCCUCCGACCGCUCUCAGGACGAGGACUCCCUCGUCGGCUCUCGCUCUGACCGCCAGGGGGACGAGGGUCUGUCCUUGUCCUCCUCCUCCAGCCCCCUCUCUCGGAAGAGCAGGAUCCCUCGUCCCGUUCACUCGGCCGCCUCCGCAGAGCAGCUGACCGCCCAGUUCCUGCCACGCCCGCCCCCGGGGAAGCCACCUUGUCGCGCCCCAGUGGAGGGCAGACUCAGGCGCUACCGCAUCCGGGCCGGCAGCACCAGCGACUCGGACCUCCUGUCAUGCAUCGCUCAGCUGAUGCACGGCUCCCGCGGCUCCCCCCUCCACCACCGCUCCCCGGCGCAGCAAGGGGCCUCCAGGACGGGCGUGUGCAGCCUGACCAGCUCCCCGCAUCACCACCACCACCACCACUAUCACCACCACCGCAGCUCCAGCGCCUCGCCGCGCAGCUCCUCCUCGCUGCAGCGCUCCGUCAGCUCCUCGCCGUCCCGCCACGAGCACCGCGGCGGAGGGGGCGGGGGCUGCCUGGGCCGGAGCCACUCGCCGCCCAGCUUCUCGGGGUCGCCGCCUCCGCGUCGCUUCUACCUCCACCACCAGGAGACGUGUUGCAGUCGGCAGGCGCGCACGAGCCCACUCCACCUGUCCCGGGGAAAGGGCUGCAGCCGAGAGGGCAAGUGCUCCAGCAAGCUGAGCAGAUAAUUUCGCACCAGAUUGUAACGCCGUAGAAAAGGAGGUGAAGAUUCCAGUGAUGAUAGGAUAGACGUCAGUCGGAAAAUAAGCCUGAGUCUUCCUGUUCAGUCAGUAAAAUACCCAGUUCCCCUUCUGUAUUAUUAGUUCCAGACCUCCUUCUCUUCCAAGCAUUCCCCUCCUCCCGUGUUUGCACACAGGGUUUGUCUGACCUUUCAGAUGUUUUGACUACUUGGUAACUUUAAAUAUCAGCUUUCAUUUCAAUUUCAUCUUUCAAAUUGAGCCUUGCAGGUAUAAUUAGCAAGAAGAAAAAAAAGGCUGCAUCCGGAUACUUGUUUUACUAAAGCUGUGUCUUUAUCAUGCUCCAGGCAGUAGUAUAAUAUAGAACAAUAGCUAAGUUGAGCCUGUAACUUUGACCUAUCCUGUACAUUGACAUACACCAAUCAGGCAUAACAUAACCACCCACAGGAGAUGGGGCAACUCUGACUGAGUAGGAUAGUAGUAGGGAGCAAGUGAAUAUUUUCUCCUCAAAGCUGAAAAACUGUGAGGAUUUGUGUGAGUGUGACUAGAGCCAAGUUGUUCUGGGUCAAUAUCUCUAAAGCUGCUUGUCUUUUAGGUCGAUCCUUGUCUGCAGUGGUUGGCAUCAAUUAAAAGUGGUCCAAAGAGGGAGCAAUAGUGGGUCGGCGAAGUUGAUCGGUAUAAGCUAACGCAUCUGGGUGGAUCUGUGGUCCGACCAAACAAAUGAAAUACUACAGCUCGAUUGCUUAAGUAAAUAGUGCCAUUUCUAGUAGAAAAGUGUCACAACACGCAGCGCAUCACAGUUUGUUGCACAUGCGGCUACAUGCACCACCCUCCUCAGCAUGACUCUGAUCCCCUUCCCCCCCGUCCCCUUCACUGCUGCACAACAAUGGCCAAGUGAGCAUCUGAACUGAUCCAAAGCAAUGAAAUGACUUGGCCGUUCUGAUUAACCACCUUUUCUUUUAGAUCAAAUGGAGAACGUGUGUAAUCUGGGGAAUAUGUGCGAUUUGAGCAGUUGCUCAAGGUGGCAUUAAAAAAACUGGAUGGCACCAGAUUUAAAAAACAACAAAAAAAACCAACUUCUGUGCUGAAUAAGUUUCUCUACUGCCUUAAUGUGCAGUAAAUGGGGAGUUGGCAACCCUUGCUUGCUGCAGAGGGAGACUGAGUAAGGGUGGUUUGUGGAGAACUUCACAGGAUUUUAUCGUGUCCUGGAAUCUCAAACUUCCUCCAUUUUCAUUGGUUGGAGUUUAGCACAGGGUGCCAUUCAGGCAAGAACUGCUGCUGCUUAGAAACACGUGCGACUAGGAAACCAUGUUAGAAGAAGGUAGCCCAGGAGAAGAAGUGUAAUGCUUUUGAUGUUUCGUUGGGUUUCGUCCCUUUCACCAGGCGGCUGUUGUAUUAUUGUAGACCAUGCUGAACGUCCUUUCGUGGGAGUGAUGAUCCCUAGCGGGUUUGGCUUCUUUUAGGAGGACAACGUGCCCUACGUCGGAACAAAAUUGUUUCAGGAAUGCUGUUAGGUUUUGACUUAGCCUCUAAUUCCUCCAGAUCUCACUGGAAUCGAGCCAUUUUUGGAUGUGCUGAAACAUUAUUGCAACUUACGGGACCUAGGAGGAUGCUGGAUACCCUACCACACUUUCUGGGGGUUUGGUGGCGUCCAAACCUUGAUGGGUCAGAGCUGUUUGGCAGCUGAUACCAACCCGCUACCAGGCAGGUGGUUAUAACGUUAUGCCUGAUUAGGUGUUAGUAGCGGUAUAAUCUUUGGCUUUUUUUUAUGCACUUGGGAAUUACAGCAUAGCUGAUUCCAACUCAAUGAAGAAUUUGCCUCGGUUCUGCUUUUGGAGCCUGUACGCAGGGUAUUAUAGUAUGUUUUUUUUACUAAGUUAAGCUAUACUUUGUCUAAAAUUGUUUUUAUUGAAGUAUUUAUUGUAAAGCUUCUUCAAACCUCCUUCCCCAGACGUGUGACCGUCACAUUAGUUUUAAGUGUUUAAUCGGAGGGAUUGCUCAGUGGCCCUCUAUACAAUCAGCCGUGUAAAGUGUGUGACAUCACGCACCGUUUUGUGCCUACUGUGAUGCUGUGAGGUUAACUUAGGAUCUUUAGGACAGGAAUUAGUGGAUCAUGUUUUUUGUUUUUUUUCAAGUGGUCAUGGUUGACGUAGGCUGAACA